GGUAACCGAAAUUUUUGAAUUAUAACAGAGAUUUGUAUAAUUACCAAAUAUUUUAGACAACCAAUUGAACGCAGAUUUAGAAGAUAUAGACGAAUCCUUUGGAAGUUCCUCCUUGGGAAUCACACCAGAGUUAUUAGGGAUUAAAUAAAAAUAAGACUUUUGUGGGGAAAAUCAAAUCAAGUUUACAUAAAAUUGCUAUACAAAGGCAGGACUCUAGCCCUUUAAAAGUAGUUGGUCUUUCAAAGCAACUGAAGAAGAAAGAGCCUUUGUAUUAUGAGAGUAUUCAGAAGAGAAUAUUUGAUCAAAUCAACCAGAUCAAGGAAAGAGAGAUUAUAGACAAGAAAGUUAAAUUUUUGAAACAUGUUUUCCUCUUUAAGGAACUUGACGAAGAUAUGAUUGAAAACUACACCUUUUUGAUAGAGGAAGUACACCUUCAUCAAAACCAGUAUCUGUAUAAAUAGAGGACAGAAAGUGAAAUAUUUGUAUAUUAUCAACCAAGGAGAAUUUGAGGAGGCGGCUCCUCCGUAUGGUGAUUACCAGACCUCCCCUAGCCCACAUAAGACCAUGACUUCGCCUGAUAAAUUAUCAUAUUUUAAUGAAAUGAAAAUGAUAGAGUCCAAGACACAAAUUUCCAGAGCUAGCCCUGGAAAUUUAUGUGGUGAUGUUGAAAUUUAUUUAAAAAGAAGCUCAUAUAGCUCCUCAAUUAAGUGAAUUAGUCAAUCUGCAAUAGUCUUUAGACUAUUGCUUAAUGACUUCAAAUUUUUGCUCUCCCUUCCUUCCCUGUCAACAAUUUUUGAGAAAGAGAUGCAGAGAAAACUUGAGCAUAAUGAGCAACUGAUGCUUUCUGAGGAAAAAUUUGAUCAGAUCCAGAAAGCCUCUUUUGAUGAAAAGAUUUCAUUUCCUAACAAACUUAGAAAUUAUUUGAAGCUAAAUUUCUUACCCAAAUAUGAGUGUAAUAAUGACAAUAAGGUUAUUUACCAAAAUAUCAAGCCAAAAGGAGCUAAAAGCUUAACGCGCAAAGACUUAUCUCAACAUUUCAAGCUAAAUCCUAAUAAUAAUGCAAGAUUAUUCCACAAGAAAACUGUGAGACUACAAGAGAACAUAUUUGCCAAAAAAAUUCCAACACGUUCAAGAAGCAUUGACACAGUCGGUGGAAAAAGAUCCAACCUGAUCCAAACCGACAAAAUUCAACUCAAACUAAUGCAAAAACAUCUAUCCAAAAACCCACCAACUUCUCACGCUACACCAAACUCUCUAUACUCAUCCUUACGGCCUAAAACAGUCCAUCUCCCUAGCUACCAAGAAAAAUAUGCUCCUCACGAUCUCCUUAACAAAGACACAAUAAUCAAAAAGAAUCGGAUAGAGCUACUUGAGCGGAAGCUUAAAGAUUCCUUAAAACACCAAAUCUUGUACUCGAUUUCUCCAACCAAAAUCACUGAGCAUUAUAACGCUGUGAGUAAUCUUAAUGGCAUCAGGAAAUAAGAUUAUGAAGAAGGAAAGCCUCUUCCUCACUAAUGAUUCUAUUAAAGAGAAAGAUCCUAAGAAGAAAACCAUAGAUUUGUCUAUGCAAGAAAUUAGUGAGAGUAGAGAAUCUGUAGACAGUUCUAAAGAGCAAGAGAAUAUCUUUAAAGAAAUAUCUCUGAAGCAGAAAAUGAAAGAUGAUGUCAUCCUAAAUAAAAUCAAUGUGGAUGAAUAUAAUGACAUGAUCUUCUAUCCACCAAAAAGAGCUCACAGGAGUAACGACACCUCAAAGAAAAGAGAUCUCUCAAGAAACUCUUGCCAAAAUCAUAUUCCUCGAAUAAAAAUCCAAAAAUAGCAAAAAAUCCAAAAAAUCUUCCAUUUCCAAAGCCAUCAUUCCAAACGCAAAGCUCAGGGCCGGACCUGUCUAUCUCACUCAGCACUGCCCGGACCAAAUCCUCCCAACUUCUGGAUAUUUCCCUAAAAGAAGUUCCUCACUGACUAGAUUUAAAAACUCAACUAAUAAAUUUGAAAAUGCCCAAAGUGAUAAAAUCCAGGAACACUUUCAAAAAUCUUUAACCAUCAGCAGGAUGAAUCCAGGAAAGUUUAUAGACUUUAAGGAAGGGCGGCAAGCUUUGAACUUUACUAAAAAUGUCACUAUCUUCUUAAACCAGAGGAUCAAAACGUGCCAGCAAAGAUAGGAAUAUGCAU